UCGGUUUUUUCUCCAAGAUGGCGGGGCUACUCCUGAGGCCGUGUGGCGGCGCGUCUGGAAUUAAAUAAUUUAGAAAGAUAGUUAGGUGCUGGAGAGAAGACACAUGUGUCAGAAAUAUCACUCCCAGAAGAUCGCAGUGGAGGAUGAUCAGUGCCUAGAUCCCAUAUUAAGCUGAAUGCAUUGUGAUUUCCAAUAAUUGAGACAGUGAUUCUGAAAGCUGUCUACAUUAAUGAAAAGAACAAUGUAGUCAGCUUAGCAUAUUCACCUCUGGUACGUGGUCUAUACAGGGAUGUGCUUCUGCGUGGGUUUAGAUAAGAAGAAAGUCUGAAUAGGUCAGCUGUUGCAAAUAGGUUUCAGGUCUCUGUAUGUUUUGGUAUUGUAAAACAUUCUAGUCAAAAUGGAGAUAGAUGAUGUUCUACCCCCUCUCCCCUUGGAGCCACCUGAUGAUUUUGGCCCAGACGAGGGCAGAGCACCUCCACCACCUCCCCUGCAAACGUCCAGUGACGCAGAGGUAAUGGACGUUAGCUCUGGUGGUGAUGGAUACACACACACCCCAGGGGACGGGGAAGACAACACACAGCAGCCCCUCAGCAUGGGCUCCAUAACUUUCUGUAGCCGCCCCUCUGAUGAGGCUGAUCCCAACCCACCGUGUCCGAGAACGGCCCGCCACGCUCCCCCGGUCACCAAGUUUCUACCAGACCUCAAACUGUUAAGAGAUGUCAAGAUCAGUGUCAGCUUCACCGAGAGCAGCAAUAGCAAGGAUAGGAAGGUUUUGUACACAGGCGAAGGGCAGGAGGCGAGGAGCGAGGAUGGAGUAGACAGUCUCAAUGGUGAGUUGCAUGACUCCGAAGAGCCAGAUGUAGCCGAGGGGAGUUCUGGAGCAGGGACCGCCGCAGGCCGAAGGUCAGAGGAGACUGAGGUAGAUGCAGAAAACAAGGUAGAGUUUGCUGUCCUGGAUGAGUUGGAUGAUCUCUACGAGAACUUCCUGGAACAUGAUGAUGGAGAGCAUGGCGGCUUUAAAUCUGAGGUCAUAGCUCAGCAGGAGCAAGCCUAUGAUGAAACUGCAGCUUUCGCCUAUGAGGAGGAGUUUGACAAUGAUGUGGAUGCUCUGCUGGAGGAGGGCAUGCCCGUCCCGAAGAAGAUGCGCCUGGCAGAGGACAAGUAUGGUGGAGACAGCGACCAUCAGUCGGAUGGUGACGGCAGCGUUCAGCCCAUGAUGACCAAAAUUAAGACUGUCCUCAAGAGUCGGGGUCGUCCUCCCACCGAGCCUCUACCUGACGGAUGGAUCAUGACAUUCCAUAACUCGGGCAUUCCAGUCUACCUGCACAGAGAGACCAGGGUGGUGACCUGGUCCAGGCCCUACUUCCUUGGAACGGGCAGUAUUAGAAAACACGACCCUCCCACCAGCAGCAUCCCGUGUCUACACUAUAAGAAAAUGAAGGAGCAAGAGGAGCGGGAGCUGAACGGGGAGGUGGCGGCUAAGACGGAGGAGGCUCUCAACAAGCCCAGCGAGGAGGCGAACGGCGAAGACGGCACGGGGAAGUCACAGGAAGAGCAGGCCGUCGCUCCUGACUCCAGUGUCCCGGACGGCGGUCCAGAUGAGCUCAUCACUGAAAACAGCCAGCAGAGUAAAGAGUCGCAGCCCUGCGACACCGCUCAAGGAGCCUUAGGCCAGGUGAAGGCCAAAGUGGAGGUGUGCAAGGACGAGUCCAUAGAACUUGAAGAUUUCCGCACGUACUUGGAAAAAUGCUUCGACUUCGAGCAAGUCACGGUGAAGAAGUUCCGCACCUGGGCCGAGCGGCGGCAGUUCAACAGAGACAUGAAGAGGAAGCAGGCGGAGUCGGAGAGGCCCAUCCUGCCCGCCAACCAGAAACUCAUCACACUGUCGGUCCAGGACGCUCCCACCAAGAAAGAAUUUGUCAUCAAUCCUAACGGAAAGUCUGAAGUUUGCAUCUUGCAUGAAUAUAUGCAGCGCGUCCUGAAGGUUCGACCUGUUUACAACUUUUUUGAAUGUGAGAACCCAAGUGAACCCUUUGGAGCGUCGGUCAUUAUCGAUGGAGUGACGUACGGCACAGGAACUGCAAGCAGUAAAAAACUUGCCAAGAAUAAAGCUGCUCGAGCCACACUGGAAAUCCUCAUCCCUGACUUUGUGAAGCAGACCUCGGAGGAGAAGCCCGUCGAGGGUGACGAACUGGAGUAUUUUAAUCAUAUCAGUAUAGAAGACUCAAGAGUGUACGAGCUGACCAACAAAGCAGGACUACUUUCGCCAUAUCAGAUUCUUCAUGAGUGCCUUAAAAGAAAUCAUGGAAUGGGGGACACCAGCAUUAAAUUUGAGGUGAUCCCGGGGAAAAACCAGAAGAGCGAAUAUGUGAUGACGUGUGGGAAACACACUGUGCGCGGCUGGUGUAAGAACAAGAGGGUUGGUAAACAGCUGGCUUCCCAGAAGAUCUUGCAGAUGCUCCAUCCUCACGUCAAGAACUGGGGCUCGCUGCUGCGAAUGUACGGCAGAGAGAGCAAUAAGAUGGUCAAGAAGGAGAGCUCAGACAAGAGUGUGAUUGAACUCCAGCAGUAUGCCAAAAAGAACAAGCCAAACCUUCACAUCUUGAACAAACUACAAGAAGAAAUGAGGAAACUGGCUACACAAAGGGAGGAAACCAGGAAGAAGCCCAAGAUGACCAUCAUGGAGUCGGCCCAGCCCGGGAGCGAGCCCCUCUGCACUGUCGACGUCUGAGGAACCACAGCACUGAAGCCCAGUCACUUUCAGCACCGACUCACCGCCACCCGCCACCCCGAUAUGCAUCACCGAGACCCGAUGGCAAUACGGCAGCACAUCGCCCCGGCCGGUAGAACCGCCCGCCCCUCACGCCCACGUUUGGUCGGUUCGGCCGGUCGAAGCGAGAGUAGGACUAAAAAAAAAAAAUGCACUAACGGACCGUAGAGCAGACGUCGUCCGGCCGUCCAGGCGGUGAUGCCAGACGCUACCUCAUCACGGCAUCUAGAAAACUAACAGAAAGGAACAUUGGAAAAAAGAAAAGAAAUCAAAACGAAAUGCAUGCUUCUUUUAACUACGGAACACUGCACACUUUACCAGUCGUCUUGCAGUGGGAGCACCUCAUGAGUGUUAAAAAGGGACUACUACUGCUCAUCACCCAGGUGUAUUUUAUGCCUUUGAGUUGACCGGGAGACAGAGUUUCUUCUUCAUUUGUUGUUCUGAUGCGUAGCUGUUCUGGACGUCGUGGCCGAUGAGUCCAAGCGUGUGUCUCGUCUGCAGAGCGGAUCGUUGCCGUCUGGGUUUGCAUGAUAAGAACAUGUGAAGUGAUCGCUCUCUGAGAACCGUCGUUAUGCACUCGUGUUCCUGUCAUGACGUUUCUGUUGACCGAUCAUGCUGUCGGUGCGGGAGUCACUGCUUUGUGGAUAAACGGGGCGAGAAUAUACUAAUCUUGUUGCCUUUUUUUUUUGUUUUGUUUUUCUUCCUCCUUUCCAUUUGUCGAAUGAAAAAACAUGAGGUCCUCCUCUUUAUGCCGACGCUGCAGUAACUCCAAGCACAGCUCAGCACCGUACUGUAACAUGUCCAAAGGAUCAUUUCAUUUCUUUAUUUCUGCUGUUACUUGUUGCUUUUAGCUUAUAUACUAACCCCCAUGGCACAUUUUAGUUUGUCUUUUUUUUAAUGUUCGUAUUGUUUGGUGCCCUUAAAAGUUCACGUUGGCUGCAUUGUUGCCUUAGUUCAGCGGUUCUCAGAGUGUGUACCCCCCCCCACCCCCUCCCUCGCCGCCGAGUGAGAAAUCAGGAAAAAUUACUCCUGAAUUAGUGACAAAUGCAAUCUGAAGUCUAUCCUCCCACACUUUGAGAACCUCUGCCUUAGUGAAUCCAUUUCAUGAAGGGCUCACAGUACAUAUAAAUAUAUAUAUAAAAAACACAUUGGACCUAAAAACCCUUGUGCAGGGAAGUGAAACGACCAAGCCCACCUGCUUGACGAAGCAUUUAUCGUUUAGGCACUUAGUGUUUUUUGAUGAAGGCAGCCUAUUAAAAGCACCACAUAGUGAGGGACGAGAUGCCUCCAGCAUGUGCAGAUUUUAAAAAAUGAAAAGGAAAACAGAAGAAAAAAAAAAAGACUUGUCUUAAUGUGUAUUUUGUGUGCGUUUGCCAUCUUGGGUCGAUCACACUGUCCGGCCGCCAGUAGACUAUUCGAUUUAGUUGACCUGAACAAAACACGAUCGAGUCACGUAGUGCGACACAUGCUGACAAAAAACUGUGUAUACCAAAGCUUCGAUCCAGUCUUAUGCAUUUUAUAGACGACUUCAAUGUCGCUGCGAGCUGAACGGUAGAGACUGUAACGGAUCUGCAACAACCAGGAAGUGCAGAGACGCGUCACUUGCUGGAUCAAAACAUGGAAACUGCUGUGUGUUCAAGUGUUUGACCUGUGCUUUUGUUUUUGUUUUUUGUUUGUUUUCUACAUAACAUACAAGGUCACGAUCGUUCAGACAAAGGCUCUCGUGGAAGUCGUAGAUCGCUUUUGAGAAUGUGCUUUUCACCUACUGUGAGUACGCGUGUCGUCUUGCCAAGUGUGUCCGUGUGAGAAGAGGAUUUAAAAAAAAAAAAAGAAAAAAACUACAGCUUUUAUGUGUUGCUGUUGAAUUGUUUGACUUAUUGCUGCCUAGAAAAAUGAAGUAUGUAUUGCAACUCGAGCGCCAUGACUCCAGUGAUAUUUGUUAUGCAAAAUAAAAUGUCUUGACUGAG